GCUGCCGGCGCUGGCGUCGUGCGGCCCCGCCGCCAUGGAGGUCGUGUGGGCCUUGGGGCAGGUGGCAGCCGUGUGGUUGGCGGUGGUGCUCGGACUCAUCGUGCUGCCCUCGGCGCUGGGCAUCUCGCUGGGCAUCUCCGAGGCCUAUAUGCGGGUGCUGGUGAAAACACUGGAGUGGGCCACUAUCCGGUUACAAAAAAGUGCCAAAAAGCCGCAGCCACAGGUGCCACGGACUCCUACUGCUAAUGGUAUCAUUGAAAGAGAUGAAACGCCUAUGGAGAAAGAAAUCGCCCUUCUGCAUCGAGCAGACUUCGAAUUCUCCCACAUUUUCUACUUCUGCAGAAAAGGGUUUGAGGCCAUUGUGGAAGAUGAAGUCACUCAACGAUUUUCCUCAGAAGAGCUGCUCUCCUGGAAUCUACUCACAAGGACUAAUGUCAACUUUCAUUACAUCAGCCUGAGGCUGACAGUUGUGUGGGUCAUUGGGGUGAUAGUGCGGUACUGCUUCCUCCUGCCCCUACGCUUCACCCUCGCUGCCAUUGGGAUUACGUCAAUGAUUGUGGGAACAACAGUGGUGGGACAGCUGCCAAACGGCAGUGUGAAAAACUACCUAAGUGAAGUGGUUCACCUCACAUGCUCCCGCAUCCUCGUCAGAGCUCUGUCUGGUACUAUCCAUUACCAUAACAAGGAAAACAGACCUCAGAAAGGAGGAAUUUGUGUUGCCAACCACACAUCACCGAUCGAUGCGAUCAUUUUGACAAAUGAUGGAUGCUAUGCAAUGGUGGGCCAGGUUCAUGGUGGGCUGAUGGGCGUUAUCCAGCGAGCCACGGUCAAGGCCUGUCCUCACGUCUGGUUUGAGCGCUCAGAGAUCAAGGACCGCCAUCUAGUGACAAAAAGACUCAGGGAACACGUGGCAGAUAAAAGCAAGCUCCCAAUCUUAAUUUUUCCAGAAGGCACCUGCAUAAACAAUACAUCUGUAAUGAUGUUCAAGAAGGGGAGCUUUGAAAUAGGAGGGACAAUCUAUCCUGUUGCAAUCAAGUAUGAUCCUCAGUUUGGAGACGCCUUCUGGAACAGCAGCAAAUACAACAUAGUGAGCUAUCUGCUGCGAAUAAUGACCAGUUGGGCCAUUGUUUGCAAUGUGUGGUACUUGCCACCAAUGGUUAGAAAGGAAGAUGAAGAUGCUGUUAAGUUUGCCAACAGAGUGAGGUCAGCCAUUGCUCGCCAAGGAGGACUGACUGAACUCCCCUGGGAUGGAGGUCUGAAACGAGCAAAAGUCAAAGAUACUUUCAAAGAAGAACAGCAGAAAAACUACAGCAAGAUGCUAGUGAGAAAUGGAUCAGUAGGAAGCUUGUCUGCAGAAACUGAGUCAGACUGAAUGGUGGUUCUUGAAAAGUUACUUUGCACAACCAGCCUUUGCAGGAGUAAUGUGGCUUUUUUAAUUAAAAAAAAAAAACCUGACAAAAAAUAGAACAAGAAAACAACAAAAUCAUUUAUUGCGUGUAUGCAUAUUCUCUGUGUGGAUGGUGAAGAGCUUGCCAAGGGCAAGUGUCUGUGUUCCUCUCUCUUCAUUCUUUCACUAUCCAGCCCCCCUCCAUCUUCAUGUGAUGAUGAAGCUCCUGGUAUUCCCAAGCUGAACGCCUGCAGAGUUAGAAGAUGAAAAAAACACCCCAGUUUUUCUGAGUUUGUAAGGAUGAAGGGAAGUACACUGAACAGAUGCAGUCAGGACACUGUGAAGAUACCUCUUGUUCAUGGUACUUUUUUUUUGCUCAGACUUUUUUUUUGUAGAUAUCUUAACAUGCUUAUGAUGUGGUCAGAACUGUAAGAUUGACCUUUUUGUUAGCUUGCACCUGGAUGUGCAAGGAGGGAAUGGAAGCAAGGGCUACAGAGACCCUACAGGGUGGGAAAGGAGCUGCCCUGUCAAAAGUACAGAACAUGAGCCAUGAGGAAUUUGGUUGCCUUUUAACAUGGUAUUGCCCUUAUUGGGAACUGCUGCCUGAUGGAAGAUAAGGGCAAGUCCUCAAUCUCCCUGUCCAUUGCUGUUGUUGAAAUUGCUUUCUUGAGCUCCGGAGCUGUAAAGGUAAGGUACAGUAAGGGUUAAAUAAUGUAGGCUAUAACAGAUGAAUUUUUGUGGAUUGUCAGGAGUGCCCAUCUACGAAAAUUAUUGUUAAUGGCUUGAAGUUCUCAAGAGAGCAACUCCAGAAACACAUUUUGUUUCCUGGACUAGCAAUAGCUAUCACAACUAUAAACAUAGGAUCCACAAGUCAGCUUUGAUAUGAGACAUGGCAUGUCAAAAUCUGCAAUAUAUUGCUGUUUGAAUGUAAUGAGAAAUAAAUUCUAUAUUU